AUGACUGAAGAAUGGUUACGAACUAUUGACAUGACAUACCACCUAAAUUCAGCGUUGAAAGAUGUCUGGAAGGCGGUCGACGCGGAGCUUAUGGCAAUCAAAAAAGGUAUCUUAGGACCCGACCAGCUCUAUCCCCCCACUGCAGCAAAUACCGCGUUUAUGGAUGUAUCCCCAGCAUUCAUUGUGGAACGGCCUACCUCUAUAGGUCCAUCCCAGGCCGCCUCCUUCAUCAACAGCAAUGGGAAGCGUGAACGGAAACCUGCAGAGGAAGAAGACGAAGAAGACGAAGAGCAAGUUGCAAAACUUCCGCGUCGCUCUGCACGGCUGUCUGCCCCGAUCAAAAGACCCCCCGUCAUUUGUAAGGCGGCUUCAAAGAUUGUACCUGACUCCCCAGAUUCCGUCGAGAAAGGACUUCCGCCUCUGGACUCCUCUCUGUCCCGGCAACAGUCGGGCCCACCAAGGUCAGGAUCAGCCCCUCCAUCAGAACAGCCUGAACCGCCAAGGGCUGGAUCAGCCACCCCAUCAGAAGGCCCAUCAGACACCGUCAAAUCACGUUCAAGGAUCAUUGAACCUGAAAUGGCCAAGGUACUUCAGGAGAUACAUGAACUGGACGUUGGCCCUUCAUCGAUGCCCAUUGGUACACCUUCCGACUACAUUGCCUCUCAGAUAACAAGAGCUUGUCAAUUCCCACACCCCUCGGAAUACGAACAAGGCAAACUUUGGGAGCAGAUCGACCCUGAAUUCCUUAGAGUCAUGGGUACAGAUCUACUGAGACGCGGUGACCUAUCAGAAGUCCCAUCAGACACCGUCAAAUCACGUUCAAGGAUCAUUGAACCUGAAAUGGCCAAGGUACUUCAGGAGAUACAUGAACUGGACGUUGGCCCUUCAUCGAUGCCCAUUGGUACACCUUCCGACUACAUCGCCUCUCAGAUAACAAGAGCUUGUCAAUUCCCACACCCCUUGGAAUACAAACAAGGCGAACUUUGGGAGAAGAUUGACCCUGAAUUCCUUAGAGUCAUGGGCACAGAUCUACUGAGACGCGGUGACCUCCGACGUGGCAAAUUCGGAGUUCUUGGCCUUGUUGAAUGGAUUCUUGACGCACGAGAGCAUGCCAGCUGGGACAAAACGUGCGAGGCAAUGGCUUUACAGAAAUUCAUAAUCCUACAGGAUCAUCUCAAGGAGAAAGUCAUAUCAGAAGGCCCAUCAGACACCGUCAAAUCACGUUCAAGGAUCAUUGAACCUGAAAUGGCCAAGGUAUUUCAGGAGAUACAUGAACUGGACGUUGGCCCUUCAUCGAUGCCCAUUGGUACACCUUCCGACUACAUCGCCUCUCAGAUAACAAGAGCUUGUCAAUUCCCACACCCCUCGGAAUACGAACAAGGCGAACUUUGGGAGAAGAUCGACCCUGAAUUCCUUAGAGUCAUGGGUACAGAUCUAUUGAGACGCGGUGACCUCCGACGUGGCAAAUUCGGAGUUCUUGGCAUUGUCGAAUGGAUUCUUGACGCACGAGAACAUGCCAGCUGGGACAAAACAUGCAAGGCGAUGGCUUUACAGAAGUUCAUAACCCUACAGGAUCAUCUCAAGGAGAAAUUAAUUCACGACGAGGUCGAUGAGCUACCACUUACCAUUCUUGAUUCACCUUCAAAUUCUUCAGCUACGUUAGUUGGGCGUGGAUCAUCUCCGGCUCCUUUGAAACACCAGCGCGACUCCUCUCUCAAGAACGUCACUGCAGAUGAUCGUGUCGAUAGCUUAGAUGAUAGGUUAAAUGCAACUGUAGAAUCAUCAUCCGAACUUCAUGGAAGCCCUGUCAGGACGAAGCGCAAGAAGAUCUCUCGCUUUGACAUUGUCGGUAUCUACCGAGAAGCUAGAUCUGUAACCCCCCCCUCAGAUGACGAGACCGGGCCACCAGCGAGUCUCACCCCCCCUUUUGACACGGACAAACAACUACAAGAACUUUCAAAAUCAUCAAAGAGAGCCAAGUCAUCAAGGUUGGUCAAUGUCUUAGUUCCUCAUAUCUCGGUAUCAUCGGGGAGCAAGAAGAUCUCUCGCUUUGACAUUGACGGUAUCUACCGAGAAUCUAGAUCUGUAACCCCCCCCUCAGAUGACGAGACCGGGCCACCAGCGAGUCUCACCCCCCCUUUUGACACGGACAAACAACUACAAGUACUUUCGAAAUCAUCAAAGAGAACCGAGUCAUCAAGGUUUGUCAAUGUCUUGAUUCCCCAUCUCUCGGUAUCAUCGGGGAACCAAACCGCACGCAUUAAAUCGGCCGCUCUCAUGCCCAAACCGACCAGCGCCGCGCAAUUGUCUCAAACAAGUGAAACCAAAAAACAACUUCAGAUUGAAGGACCACAAUACUCACCUGAAGAACUCAGUGUGACCCAUUCAAAAGCAUGGGAUGCAUUCAUCUUUUCUUGGUGUAAUAAAAAUAUUGUGAUUUUAAAUCCUCAUCCAUAUAUUUCUAUGAUAGGUCAAUUCACUCCGGCCAACUUUUUACAAGACUUCAAAAAUAAUACAACUUUCAUCAGUGGGAAAAUGGGGGCAACAAGCCAUGCCAGUGUAUCUACUGUAGACGGAGCAAGUAAACAACUUCAAAUCGAAGGACCCCUUUAUCCAGCAAGUAAAGCCACCAACUCGUGCUCUGGAAGUGGUCCAGCUUCUCUUGUGACCUUCAAACCUCCCAAACAACAACUCUCAAUUGAAAUAUUCACUGCUUCCAACUCUUUACAAGAUUUCGACGAUAUUUCAACACCUCUCAGUGGGCAAACGCGUUCGACUACCCACGAUGAGGCAUCAAUUGAUGACGAGGCAGUCCAAAUCAUAUCUGUGGAGAAAAACAACAUCCAGCCCGCUGAACUCGUGGAAAUUCAUAAGGCCACACAGGUCUUAUUGGAGACGUUGAUCCGAGGAUCUUGUAUCGAUUUCAAUCCCGACGAAAACUUGACUCAUCCUGUCAGCUUCAGUACCGCAAACCAACCAGGCAUUCGACAGUGGUGUGAACGACCAGAAAAUCGAGAACUUUUCACGCCAAGUCUGGAAACCCUUUGGUAUAAGCCCAACACUUUCAACUUCGACGCCAUUGCACAAUCGGACCCUCCGGAAUCAAUCUCUCGACAUGAGCCUUUCCUCUGGAAUGCCCUCAAGAAUUUUUCCAUGCCUACCCCCACCUUCAUUGAGCGUGGAAUGCACUACGUCUUGGCUGCCCUUGUCUUGAUUGGAUCAGACGCUGAAAAGGCGCAUUUCUCUCAGGAGCUUCCCGAUGUCUCACCCAUAUCUCGCGGGGCUCGCACUGCCUAUUCAUGCUGGCACCAUUACAAGAAACUUUCAUCUCUCCGAUGGGCGAAGAUCGGAGCGAAGAAAAGUGAAGCUGCCACUGAUGGCUGCAUUGAAGAUCUUGAUAGAUUAAUUGCAAUUAUCUACACAAUGGUAGAGACCUUUGCUAGUAUAUGGGCAUCUACAACUCUCAAAGCUGACAUUGAAGCAACCGAACAAUUGAUCAAGAAAAGUCGAUCCACCAAAGAGAUUGAUUGA